AUGGCGAAUUUCUUCGACAUCAAAGCUAGGAAACAGGCUGCCGCUGCCGGCAUCUCUACCCAGAAACAAGACAAAUCAUCACAACCACCAAGAGCGCAGCCUUGGGUUGAAAAAUACCGGCCGAAAACCCUCAACGAUGUCACCGCCCAAGACCAUACCAUCACCAUCUUACAGAGGACGCUACAAGCUUCGAACCUUCCACAUAUGCUUUUCUACGGUCCUCCAGGUACCGGCAAAACCUCUACCAUCCUCGCCUUGGCGAAAGAACUCUACGGCCCCGAAAUGAUCAAAUCCCGCGUCCUCGAACUCAACGCCUCAGACGAGCGAGGCAUCUCCAUCGUGCGCGACAAGGUGAAAAACUUCGCGCGCAUGCAACUCACCAACCCCACGGCCGAGUACAAGAAGCGAUACCCCUGCCCGCCGUUCAAGAUCAUCAUCCUCGACGAGGCCGAUUCGAUGACCCAGGACGCCCAGAGCGCCCUGCGCCGGACCAUGGAAACCUACAGCAAAAUCACCCGGUUCUGCCUCAUCUGCAAUUACGUCACCCGCAUCAUCGACCCCCUGGCGAGCCGAUGCAGCAAGUUCCGCUUCAAGAGCCUGGACGAAGAGAAUGCGCGGAAGAGGUUGGAGGAGAUUGCGGAGAAGGAGGGCGUGCUUCUCGAGGAGGGCGCCGUGGAUGCGCUUAUCAAGUGCAGUGAGGGUGAUCUGCGGAAAGCCAUUACCUUUUUGCAAAGUGCGGCGAGGCUGGUCGGAGCGGUGGCCGUGGAUGGGGAUGCGGGCAAAGACCGGGAUGGAGAUGCGGCAAUGGAUGUGGACAGAAAGCCCGUUACGGUCAGGAUCGUCGAGGACAUUGCUGGUGUCAUCCCUGAUCAGACCAUCGAUUGUUUGGUGAAGGCCAUCAUGCCGCAGAGAUCCGGCGAUACCUACCAAGCUAUUGCCAAGGUCGUCGAGGACCUGGUUGCAGAUGGGUGGAGCGCAACUCAAGUCGUGUCCCAGUUAUAUCAAAGCAUUGUUUUCGAUGAGAUGAUCCCAGACAUUCAGAAGAACCAGAUUGUCCUGGUCUUCUCGGAAGUCGAUAAGCGUCUCGUGGACGGCGCCGAUGAGCAUCUAUCAAUUUUGGAUCUCGCCCUAAGAAUAUCGGGUAUCCUUGCAGGUCGCGGUUAA